AUGCAACAUAUCCUAACCCUUCUCUCUGUCAUUCAUUCCGGAAUUGUAAGAAUACAAUCUACUCCCUCCGUCACCCCACCGGCAAAAUGUCACAUGGGUGAUGAUUUCCACCGUUGGGCUCGGGCGGCCCAGGACUAUAUCGUACGUUUUCCACCACCAGACCGCAGAUUUGUGCUGCUACUACUCAUUGUGGGCGAGGCCAAUGAUAUUGUGCGAGACGAAGGUGUGCUCGACGCGCCCAUCACCCCAGAAANAAAGACUUCGGAACCGUCUCACAGAUCGCCUCCACGAAGCGAAAUUCGUUCAUCAAUUCCAAGUCCACAUUCAACUUCCUGA